AUGCCCACGAAGCUGCUGUACGAAGCAGCUGGCAGCGCAUCGGCGGCGGAGUUCAAGAAGCUCAUCCAGCAGCAUCGCAUCUUGGUGAAUGCUGCCGUGGAGGAUGGCGAGCUCUCGGGUCGCACGCCGCUUCACAACGCCGCCAAGUCCGCCAAGAGCGGCAACAUAAAGGUGCUGCUGGCGGCAGGCGCCCGCGUCGAUGCAGCUGACAGCAGCGGCUGGACAGCGCUGAUGGACGCUGCAAUGGCGGGCAGCGAGGGCUGCGUGCGGGCCCUGCUGGAGGCAGGGGCCAGCACUGCCGUAGCCGAUGAGUGUCACCAAACAGCGCUGAUGGCCGCGGCAUUCAAACGCAGCAAGGAGGGUGCGGCAGUGGACCAGGCAGCAGGGGAGGCAGCCGCAGCGGCGCCACAGGAAGAGCCCUCUGCAGCGCGCGGCGAGGCUGCUGCCCACGUCUUUGGGCCCGACCUGGUGUGGUGGCCGAAUCGGCAGGAGUGGGUGGACGGCACCAUCAUCCAGUGCACGAUGCCCGACAGGGUGCACUGCGUGGAGUUUGAGGGCGUCGGCCUGCACUGGAGGAUGCAGCUGUUGCGCCUGCAGCACGAGCGGUUCCAGCUGCUGGGGGAGGAUGGGCAGGUGCAGGCUGAGUAUCGUGCCGGCCUGCUGGUGCAGCAGGAGGGGAAGCAAGAGCAGGCGGCGGGCGACCAGCAGCAGCAGGAACAGCAGCGCGGCGGCAAGCGGCAGCAGCAGCAGGAGCAGCCUGCUGCCAAGCGGCAGCGGCAAGUGACCGCUGCGCAGGCUGCUGAGCGGGAGUAUGCGGCUCUGCAGCGGAAGGCCUUCGAUGCAGCUGAGCUGGGCAAGCUGGUGUGCCGCUACCUGGCUCCAGGCGAGAAGCAGACCGAAGCGCCCCUCGCUCUGCGCAGCGGCGGCGCGCUUCCGCGCGAGCGGGUCACUCGAGUGCCGCCGGCGGUGCAGAGCUGGGGCAGCGGCAUGGGGAUGAGCGCAGAGGCGCUGGAUGAGCUGUGGAGCCUGCUGGGCAGGCAUCAGGCAGGCGAUGCAGAGGCCUCCCACCGCCUGCUCUUUCUCCUGCGCGUGCUGGAGUGCUGGCUGACACAUCGAGGCAGGCCACAGCCCGAGGUGCUGGUGCGGCUGCGGCGGCCGCUGGGCUGGCAGCCCCCGCCGCUGCCUUCCGUGUCGGGUGUGGAGAUUGUGUCGCAGGGCGCCGCUGGAUCCGACAAGCCGGAGCCCUCCUUCUCUGCGGGGGCUGCAGACGGCGAGAUCCUGGGCGUGCGAGUAGCGAAAGAAGAUGAUCAGAGGUGGAACGUGAAGCAGGAGGUGCAGCACAGCGGCUGA